AUGGACAACGACGAAAGCAGGGAGCCGCCGAGGAAACGUCUACGUUCAGCACAGCCAACUCGUCGCGGGAGGUCUCGUGGUGCGCGUGAUGGCUCCGUGAACCCCAAUACUGCCAGAAAAGAGUCGGGUGAACUCGAUCAUCUACCAACAGAAGAACAAGCACUGGAGUCCGAAAGCUCAGUUGACCCACGAGCGCUUCCUAUCCCCGCUGCUCUGGAACGAUACAAAGCUUGGAAAGAAGCCGGGGCACAGCACGAUGAAUUCUGCUUCAUUUGCCGGCAGACCAAGGGUCUCACCUACUGCAUCACUUGCAAGAGGUCGUAUCACGAGUCCUGCAGGCCCGAAGAGAGCACUUACUCUGUCAUUGAGGGCAAUAGUUGCUUCUUCUGCGAAGUGUGCGUGCACCGGAACUGGCACAAAGAUCCCCCGUUUCUAAUGCCGGAGAUGCGGCCUUUGGCUGCUUCUUCAUUAUCAUCGGCCCCUGUGGAGGCAGCUGAGGCAGCGGGAGCUACACCCUCAACUAAUGACACGGGUCGGCAAGAUCUAUCAAAUUCGCACCAAGUUCGCCAGAAUCAAGAGACAAAUAGGACAACCGAGGCGUCGAAAGACACGCCCAGUACGUCCGCCAGGAGGACUCGUACCGCCAAAGCAUCCCCUUCCGCUGCGAGAGAGGAAACAGCCGCAGCCGCUUCAUCAAGCACCACUCGCACCGGAAUCACCCCCCUACCUCCGCCGACAACUUCAACAGCAGCAACCUCACGGGAUGACCCGCCCCGUACCAGCACAUUCACAGCACGGGCACCAGCCGCGCGCAAAUCCCGCUACACGACCCUCCCAACAGACGUCGACGCCGCGCUUCGGCUCCUAUACGCCGAGCUCGAGACAGCCCACGAGCUCCGGCACAAGGUCGGCGACGUCGAGGGCCAGGUCGCGCAGAUGCAGCGGGAGCUACGCCUGCGCAACAGCGAGCUCGCGGUGGCCAGGCGGGCGGCGGACGUGGGCCGCGUCUCGGCGUCGGAGAUGGAGCAGCUUAGGGCGCAGGCUGCGCUGGGGGAGAAGGCUGUUGAAGAGGCGGCUGGGUUGAGGGCGGAAAAUGGGAGCUUGCGCGCCGAGCUGGAGACGAGUCGGGAGAGGCUUGUUGAGAGCGAGCGGGCGCUGGAGGAGUGGAAGCGGAAGCUUUCGGCGUUGAUGUCGUAG